AUGCGCGACCCAUUCCCCAUCCCCCCUCCGCCCGCGCUGGUCAGCGCCGUCAAGCCUCUCGCCGACUCGCUAUCCUUAUCCACCCUCCCCAUCCACGCACACGAGGUCAUCUUCGCGUUCGCCUUCUACACCUUCAUCUGCACCGUCGUCUCCCCUUUGCUAGCCCGGACCUUCUGCAAGCAACGCUACGAGUCCUUCACCAAGCGCACGAGGGUGAACUGGGACGUGCAUACCGUCUCCUUCUUCCAGGCAUGCAUCAUCGACGCCUUCUCGCUGUACAUCAUCCUGAGCGACGGGGAGAGGAAGGCAUGGCGCGAUCCGGAGCGGUACGAGGAUCGGAUCUGGAGUUACAGCGGCAUGGCGGGACUAUGUCAGUCUUUCGCGCUGGGGUACUUCUUGUGGGACUUGGUGAUCUGCGCAUGGCGGAUUGACAUCUUCGGGUGGGGCAUGCUGGCGCACGCGAUCAGUGCCGUGUCGGUCUUCGCGUUGGGCUAUCGACCAUUCCUCUGCUUCUACUGCCCAGUGUUCCUUCUCUACGAGCUCUCAUCGCCAUUCCUCAACAUUCACUGGUUCUGCGACAAGCUUGAACUCACUGGGUCAAUCUACCAAGCGAUCAAUGGCGUCUUCCUUGUGGGCACUUUCUUCUCCAGCCGGCUGGUGUGGGGUCUGUACAACUCGUACAACGUGUUCCACGACUUUUGGAUCGCCUACCAGGCCGGCCACAGCUCCGGUGUUGGCCUGAUGGGUGACGAUGCUGCUAUCCGGAACAGCAUGUCUGGAGAUAUGAGCAUCUACUACGAAGAGGCACGGCAGCAGCGAGCUUUCAUGGGCGAGAAGGUUCUACCGCUGUGGCUACCUAUAGUUUAUCUCCUCUCUAACCUUACGCUGAACCUACUCAAUGUCUACUGGUUCGGCAAGAUGAUCGAAACGAUCCGAAAGCGCUUCGACCCGCCUUUCGGCACCAAAGGGAUCGGUCCGGACUUUGUGCACUACGAGCCGCAGGAGAAGAUCGACCAGCUGCACAAGGAAGCGUUGGGUCAACCGAUCCAGAUGGACGAGUCGAUCGAGUUGCAGAGAGGUGUCUAUGCCGACGGGCAUAAGUCGGUUGAGGUAUCAGGAACUACGAGGCGGAGCGCGCGGACGAGGAGAAAGGCUUGA